GAUCGAUCGUUGUCGUGGUUGCACCAGAUUUGGAUUCAGAUUCUGGCCGUCGAUCUGGUAACGGAGCUUUAACAAAUGUGUUUUUCAGAUCGAUAACCACAUUCGUUUCAACUGUAUCACUGUGAAUUUGAUUGUGGAAGAUAAGUACAAGUUCGUCCAGGAAAAAUGCAAAGUAAGGGAUCGAAUUACCACCGGAAUGCUACCGCAGGAUUGGUUUUUCGAUCCCCUAUUUCAGCCUUGAUGCUCUGCACCAUCGCCGCUAUCGCCUCCUUCUAUGUCGCCGGCCGUUUAUGGCAGGAUGCAGAGAACAGGGUUUAUUUGAGUAAAGAACUUGACAGAAUUACAGGCCAGGGGAAAUCUGCUAUAUCGGUGGAUGAUACGUUAAAAAUAAUAGGAUGCAGGGAACAACAGAAGAAACUGACAGCUCUUGAGAUGGAACUGGCUGCAGCUCGUCAAGAAGGCUUUGUGUCAACGCACUUAUCAAAGACAAAAACUCCUCCCAAGAAGAGGCCAUUGGUGGUGAUUGGAGUCCUUACAGGAUUUGGCCGCAAGAACAAUAGAGAAGUGAUACGUAAGGCAUGGAUGACGACAGGUGAAGCUUUGAAAAAGAUGGAGGAGCAGAAGGGAGUUAUUGCUCGAUUUGUUAUUGGAAGAAGUGCUAAUCAUGGAGACAGUCUGGAUAGAGGCAUAGAUAUUGAAAAUAAGAACUACAAUGACUUCUUUAUCCUAGAAAGCCAUGUGGAAGCUCCCGAGGAACAACCAAAGAAGACCAAAUUGUUCUUUGCCCAUGCUGCAGAAAGAUGGGAAGCUGAAUACUAUGCCAAAGUCAAUGAUGAUGUUUAUGUAAAUAUUGAUGCCUUGGGAAGUGCACUUGCGGCUCAAUUAGAUAAUCCUCGUGUAUAUAUCGGGUGUAUGAAAUCAGGCGAAGUUUUCUCUGAACAGGGUCAGAAAUGGUACGAACCUGAUUGGUGGAAAUUUGGGGAUGGGAAAACGUAUUUCCGCCAUGCUUCUGGUGAAAUGUUUGUUAUAUCCAAGGCUCUGGCGAGAUUUGUGUCAAUAAACAGAUCUAUUCUUCGCACAUACGCUUUUGAUGAUGUCAGUACUGGAUCCUGGUUCAUCGGUCUUGAUGUUAAACAUAUUGAUGACAAAAAGUUUUGCUGUGCAUCUUGGUCCGCAGGAGGUAUCUGCGCAGGUGCAUAAGUUGAUGUAAUUAAAGAAGCCGAAAGAAUGUAACAACAGGGGAUGUGGGUCGGAGAUUGGUUGGACAUGUACACAAGUGAGAUGGUCGUAUGGCGGUUAGAGAAAGUUGAAUAGCAACGAUAAUUUUCGUGGUUUCGGUUUACGGCCAGCCAGGAGCAUAAGUUUAUGGGUUGAGGGAACCCAAUUUGGCUGAAAAAGCUUCAUUCUUUUCUCUUGAUACAUACAUACAUACAUAGAAGCUAGUUACAUAGUGCUUUACCAAAGUAUUCUUACAUUGCGAUUUUCCUUCUCUCCUUCACCCCUUUGUUUAAUGAAGAUGGUACCCAAUUAAUUAGUCGUGAAAUAUUUAAAAUCAAUUUCAAUC